AUGGACCGUCCUCCCGCUUCACCAAGCCGUACUUAUGAUCGGAAGUCGGUACUAUUUGAGUGGUGGUUGUAUCCACGCGUGUUAAAGUACACGGCCCCUGAGAAGUCUAAAGUCUGGACUUCGGAGAAAAAAUGUAAACCGGCAACGGUUUCUUUUGAUGGUGAUCUGUUCUGGCUAAAUAGGAUAAAUGCCGCAACGAAAGGCAAAGCUUCGGAUGCUUCACAAGCAUACAUUUGCAUCCCUCAUGCGCUCAUCUUGCAUUCUUCCUUUAUUGCCGAUUCCGAUGGUGGCUCUCUACUCUUGCGAUUAUUGGCACCGCCUACUGGUGUGGAAAGAUCAUCGAUCCCGCCUUUCAAAUUAAGCAAAUCUCGUGCAGCUCGAGUGGUGGAAAUGAGAACAUCCUUGGAUAAAGAAAACAUUCAUCAGCCUACCCGACGUCUUUCUGCACAAUUGAGCGGGCCAUGCUCGAAUCUACGACUAGUCAAAAUAGAAGCUCGUUUAGCAGGUCAAGAUGCAGCAGCUUUAUCCGACGAAGCAAGUGCAUGGGCAGAAAAGCUGACACAGCUAGCAUACCCCGAUACCAAACCGUACAGAAGGCUAAAAGUGAUUGUCAAUCCGAUCGGUGGACCAGGAAAAGCAGUCCAGCUAUACAAAUCUCGCGUUCUGCCAAUCUUGGAUGCUGCAGGAUGUACGGUUGAUGCCACAAUCACAACGCAUGCUUUUCAUGGCCAAGAGAUUGCGGAAACGUUCAGUCUAGAUGAAAACGGAGAUGGAAUGCUACAUGAAGUUUUGAACGGGCUAGCAAAGAGAAAGGAUGCUGAAAUCGCUCUACAGAUUCCACUCGUUCCAAUCCCUGCAGGCAGUGGGAAUGCUGUUGCAUUGAAUCUCCUAGGUGUGGAUCAAGGUUUUAACUUGGCACUUGCAUCUCUAAAUGCUAUCAAGGGCAAGCCCAUGCCUGUGGAUGUUUGCUGUGUUACACAGCCAAUCGAUCCGACUGAUGUUGCUCGAAAGGCAAAAGCUGCUGCAAAGAGACGAUCAAUGAUGAGAAGGAAGAACACUUCUGAAAGCAUUCCAACUUCGACCAACGGGUCCACCACAGAGGCCGAAGCCAUGGCAUCGCCAGCCUAUGAUGUCGGAUAUAGCUUUCUAAGUCAGGCAAUUGGUGUUCUAGCAAAUUGCGAUUUGGGCACAGAACAUUUGCGCAUGCUUGGUGAUACACGAUUCGUAUUGGGUUUCAUCGGUGAAGUGCUGUCAAACAAAGAAUGCGAAGUGGAUGUGUACGUCAAAUUGGGUACCAAUGGCACAAUCAACAAAUCGGAGAUGAGAGCAAGAGUUCAAGCCACAUUUGAUGAACGCGAAUCCGAAAACCAAAAGUCUGGACAGCAUCAGCAAUUGCUGAAUAAUGGCUCUGUUCUAGAUUCAUUAGGUGAAGACCUGCCAACCUUGAUACCGAUAGAUCCGAGUUGGCCGAAAUCCGUCUUGGGUACUGAUGGUACAGCCUCGCUUGAUCCAUCACAGUGGUACCGAAUUCAGGCACCCAUCUCAUCCUUGUACGCAGGUAAGAUUCCCUACGUGGCAAGAGAUCUCAUGCAAUUCCCUUUCGCCCUUUCUCACGAUGGAUGUAUCGAUCUUACUCUGCUAUUGCAUGACGGCGGAAGAGCAGCCAAGUUACGUGGAAUCUCUGCAGCAGAAACGGGUAUAGUCGUAUAUGAUCCCGCGAUGGUAUACAUCAAAUGUGAGGCUUAUCGUGUUGUUCCAAGGUUGGAAGCCGGUCACAGACGACUAAAGAUGGGAGGUUUGAUCAGCAUUGAUGGAGAAUCAAAGCCUUACAGACCCUUCCAAGUGGAAAUUGGUCAAUUUCCACUACGAUUUUUGAGCCUGUUCGGCAGAUGGCUUACGCCCGACGUUCCACCGCCCGAUUCAGAUGAUGCAAAGAACAAACAGCUAUGA